AUGGUCUUUGAGGGUGCAAAUCAGUUCAGGAAAGCAGUGGCAGAUUAUGCUGUAGAGUACAGGAGGCAGAUAAAGUUAAGACCUAAUGAAAAACAUAGAGUGAGGGUGAAGUGCAAAAAUGCUAACUGUAAGUGGUUGUUAUAUGCUUCCAUUCACAGGGACUCAGGUGAUUUCAUUGUGAAGAACUAUCAUCCUGUUCAUAAGUGUAUUCCAUUAAACAGGAACAAGUUAUGUAAUUCAAAGUUAAUUGCUAGAAAGUUUAAGGACAGAAUUGUAUCUCAACCAUACAUAAGGAUUUGGGAAAUUCAAGAUUUGGUUAGAAAGACAUUGGGUCUUUAUGUUGGUAAGACUCUUUGUUACAGGGCUAAACAGAGGAUUAUGAAGGAAAACAUGGGUGAUUGGAAAGUUGAAUUUGCCAGAUUGUGUGACUAUGCAGAUAUGAUCAAACAAACCAAUCCUGGAAGCUCUUGUUGGGUAAAAAUUGAUAAGGAAACUGAACCAGGAAAGAACCUUUUUGUGUAUUUUUAUGUGUGCUUUCAUGCAUUUAAGCAAGGAUGGUUGGAGGGGUGUAGGAAUAUAAUUGGAUUUGAUGGUUGUUUUCUUAAGGGAGCUUGUAAAUGUGAGCUAUUAGUUGCUGUUGGAAAGAAUGGGAACAAUCAAAUGUAUCCCAUUGCCUGGGCAGUUGUGGAUACAGAAACAAAACAUAGUUGGAGCUGGUUCAUAAGGUAUUUAAUUGCUGAUCUAAACUUGGGAACUGGUGAAGGUUUGACUGUAAUGUCAGAUAUGCAAAAGGGACUUAUUCCUGUCUUGUCAGAGUUGUUACCAAAUGCUGAGAAAAGGAUGUGUGCUAGACAUAUAUGGAGUAACUGGCAUGUGAACUGGAAAGGAGAAGAAAGAAGGAAACAGUUUUGGAGAUGCUCAAAGGCCUCCUUUGAAGUCAAGUUUGGAGAAGAAGUUCAUGCAAUGUCCAAGCUAGGUAAGAAGGAAAUAACAGAGGACUUGCUACAUUAUGAUCCCAGAAAUUGGUCUAGGGCCUUUUUCCAAACUCACUCCAAGUGUGAUGUUGUAGAAAAUAACAUGUGUGAGACUUUCAAUUCUUGGAUCUUAGCUGCUAGACAUAAAUCAAUUAUUACCAUGUUAGAGGAUAUUAGGCAUAAAAUGAUGAACAGACAUAUAGACAUGAUCAAAUUUGCUGAAACAUGGAUAUCAGACAUUGCACCUAUGGCAAGGGCAAUACUAGAAAGAAACAAGGAGUAUUCAAAUAAUUGUAAUGUUCAAUGGAAUGGGUUGAAUGGUUUUGAGAUUAGUGAGGGGGAAUAUUCAUUUGUUGUUGACUUGGAGAAGAAACAUUGUGACUGUAGGUUGUGGAUGUUGAGAGGUAUUCCUUGCCCUCAUGCUAUUUGUGCUUAUUAUUACUUGAAUCAAGAUCCUGAUCAACAUGUAGAGCACUGGUAUAAGAAGGAAACAUUUCUCAAGGCUUACAUCCAUUUUAUCCAACCUAUUCCCAAUAUGAGGAUGUGGCCUAAAACUACAAAUCCAUCAAUAGAGCCUCCAAAACCAAGAAAAAUGCCAGGCAGACCUGGCAAGAAGAGAAGAAAGAGUAAGGGUGAGCCAAAAAAAUGGGGGAAACUUUCAAGAAAAGGAGUAAAGAUGACAUGUACCAUAUGCAAGAAAACUGGUCAUAACAAAGCUGUGUGUGCAAGAGUAAGUAAUACUUCAUAUUCACAUUUGUAA